ACGAAGAAGUCAUAUAAAACCAAAACACCAAGAGGUCCUACAAGAAAUUUACAACUGGCUAAAAUGAGACCCGGUGAGAAGAUAAAGGUAGAUUUUGAUGUUAGUGGUCAACCAAUAGGUGUCAACAGAGCUAAGCUGUCAAGUUACUGUGGUUCCCUCGUCAGAGAUCCUCUGAAUGCGCCACUUUAUCGUAUUGAAGAAUUUUCACAAGUUCCACAAGAGAAUAAAGAGAAGAUGUGGAAGCUCAUUUUGGACAAAUUUGAUAUUGGGCUGGAUGAUGUUAAAGAUCAAGAUGAACGUGAAAAGAAAAUAAAAGAUAAGAGGAAGUAUAUCAUGACAUCUUUGAACAAGAAGUAUCGGAAUUUUCGUGCACGUUUGAAAAGAGAAUAUUAUGACACUGAAGAAAAUGAUGACGACAGACUGAAAGAAGAUAAUACCCCAAGUGUUGACGAAAAAGACUGGGAGUGGCUUGUAUCAUACUUUGGCACUCCAGACUUUCAGGUUAAUGCACCCUCGUACAUUGCAUAG